AUGGCACUGUGUGGAGUGAAGGGGACACGUUUCUUGGGGCCCAAUGUGUACCAAGAAGCCCCUGACGGAGGCUGGGGAUGGGUGGUUGCUGUGGCCUUCUUCGUGGUGGAAGCUUUCACCUAUGGUACCAUUAAGAUCUUUGGCAUCUUCCUCCAGGACCUGAUGGAGGAGUUUGGAGAGACCAACAGUCGGGUCUCGUGGAUCAUCUCCAUCUGUGUGUUUGUCAUGACCUUCAAUGGUCCUCUCUCCGCUAUGAUGACAAACCGCUUUGGUUUCCAAGUUGUUGUUAUGAUUGGAGGAAUACUUGUUGCCUCCGGUACCAUUGCAACCAGCUUUACCAGCUCCAUCCAUCAAAUGUACAUCACCUAUGGUUUAAUUGCAGGUUUUGGAUACUGUCUGACCUUCCUGCCCACUGUGACCAUCCUCUCCCAGUAUUUCACACGCCGGCGGUCUCUGGUCACAGCCGUGGCGUCCACUGGAGAGUCUCUGUCCAUGUUCGCCCUAGCACCAGCCUUUUCUGCCUUGAAGGACCAUAUUGGCUGGCGACACACCAUGGCAGUGAUGGGAGGUUUGCAGAGCAUCAUAAUCAUCUGUGGUGCUCUGCUUCGGCCAAUCAUUAUCAAACCUAGAUCGACCCGUGAGACAGAGACUGACGGAUUGUCCCCAAAGGAACUGGAGACUCUUAGUACAUCAGAGAAUGUCGAGGGCACAAAUCCAGAGGACUCUAUAAUAAACAAUACCGCACAUGCACAUAAACACUCCCAUAGUCCCGACAAUGAACCAAACGGAGGCUCUGUGAUCACUGGGAACUAUGGAGCCCAGUCUCUAAAGGACAGAGACCACAGCAGCCCGGAGGAGAAGACCUUGAUGCACAAAGAAGCUAGGAAGUCUGUGGAAAACAUAAUGGCAGAGAUAAGAAAAUUUGAAAUGGAGGAGAAAAAGAGCGAAGAUGCAGAGAAACAAGUGAUGAAAGAUGGGGGAAUGAAAUCAGCAAAGAAUUCAAAACUUCUAGAUUUCUCCAUCCUCAGAGAGCGCAGCUUCAUCCUCUAUUCUCUGUUCGGACUGUUCGCUACGCUCGGCUUCUUCGCCCCUCAGCUUUACAUCAUCGAGCUGAGUGUGAGUCGAGGUGUGGAGCGGGACCUCGCCACCUACAUGCUCUCCAUCAUGGCUGUGGCCGAAAUCUUUGGCCGAUUCUCUAUUGGAUGGAUGCUGACACGGGAGCGGUUCAGGAAGAAGAAGGUGCUUGUGCUUCUGGCUUGUGUGAUUGCUAUGACGGCGGUUCUUAUAGGAAUAACUUUGGCUAUGGAGUUCUACGGUCUGGUUGUGUGCUGCUCUUUCUAUGGGUUCUUUAUGGGAACCCUAGCAUGCAGCCACAUCCCCAUGCUGGCUGAGGACGAUGUGGUGGGCAUAGAGAGGAUGUCUUCAGCUGCUGGUGUCUAUGUGUUCAUACAUAGCUUUGCUGGGCUGGCUGGACCCCCACUGGGAGGUGUGCUGGUGGAUGUGACUCAGAACUAUGGAUCAGCCUUCUACUCCUGUGCUGUCGGCAUGGGACUUAGUGCGCUGUUCCUGGGUUUGGUAAAACCAGCUAAGAAAGGACUACUCUGUAGGAGGAGGAAUUCAAAACGCCCUGAAGACAUACAUUAA